AUGUCUCUUCGACAAGCCCUUGUGGCAGGUGGUUGUCCCAUUGACAAAGUCAAUGUCCUGAUCGAGAGCAAUCUUUCCUCAAUCGCACCGCGCAAUCCCUCCAAUACAGCUUACACGACCGUGAGCGGCGACAUGGCCGGCGACGCAACAAGCAGCAGCCCAUACCAUCCUUCCGGAUGUGUGCAGAUCAACCUUUCUCCUCUAUUCAAAGAAUUUCGUCCGAGACAUCCGACACCAUUUGUAUCUCGUGGGUACUCACCGGUAUCGAAGAGAGAAUCUCUGUUCGAGUGCGAAGAUAAAGCCGUGCAGGUUCUACAAGAGGAGGUUGCAGACCAUUCUGGUAAUCAAUAUCGUACACUUCUCUUUGCCGGCUUGCCUCUAUCUGUGACUCUACUGGAUCUCACAGAAGUAAUAAGGGGUGGCCAACUUCUUCAGAUCUCCUUGCGUGAUGGUGACAAGUAUGCUCGAGUAUCAUUCUUGGAUCCUGUUGCAGCUGAGAGGUUCUUGAUGCAUUCUGAGCAAAACGGGAUCUUCAUCAAAGGACACAAAGUGAGUGUUGUGUGGAACGACCGCCAGCUGUCUCUAACGCCACACCUUGCCCAUCGAACUGCGAGUGGUGCCACACGCAACUUGAUGAUUCGUUAUUGCAAGAAGUAUAUGACAGACGAGUCGAUUCGUGAAGAUCUUGAUCAUAUCCAUAAUCUUCAGAUCGUCAGCAUCCACCAUUCCGGUCCACACUGCGCCAUCUCUCUGAGCAGCGUUCAAGGCGCCACCGCCGCCAGAAGCUGCAUGUACACUCGCCAGAAGUACAAGAGUGUGAGAAUCGAAUUCUAUCCCGACGAGUGUGCACAACCGAUACCAGAGUGGCAGCCCAAGGACUAUCACAUGAGCAAGAGUCCUUGUAUUGAGAUAAGAAAUCGGUUCGAAGUCUUUCUUGAUGAUUCCGACGAAUGA